GCGACUCCGCCCGGCGAGCUGAGCUGCAGCCAUGGCGGUCACCGCCGAGGGCGCCCGCAGGAAGGAGCGCGUCCUCUGCCUGUUUGACGUGGACGGAACGCUUACGCCGGCUCGCCAGAAAAUUGACCCGGAAGUGGCUGCCUUCCUGCAGAAGCUGCGCAGUCGGGUGCAGAUCGGAGUGGUGGGCGGCUCUGACUACUCCAAGAUCGCUGAGCAGCUGGGUGAUGGGGAUGAAGUCAUUGAGAAGUUUGACUAUGUGUUUGCUGAGAACGGGACAGUACAGUACAAGCAUGGAAGGCUGCUCUCCAAGCAGACCAUCCAGAACCACCUGGGGGAAGAGCUGCUUCAGGACUUGAUCAACUUCUGCCUCAGCUACAUGGCGGUGCUCAGACUGCCCAAGAAGCGUGGAACCUUCAUCGAGUUCCGGAAUGGCAUGCUGAACGUCUCCCCCAUCGGCCGGAGCUGCACCCUGGAAGAGCGAAUCGAGUUCUCCGAACUGGACAAGAGAGAGAAGAUCCGGGAGAAGUUCGUGGAAGCCCUGAAAACAGAAUUUGCUGGCAAAGGGCUGAGGUUCUCUCGAGGAGGCAUGAUCAGCUUUGACGUCUUCCCUGAGGGUUGGGACAAGCGCUACUGUCUGGACAGUCUGGACCAGGACAACUUCGACACCAUCCACUUCUUUGGGAACGAGACCAGUCCUGGUGGAAACGAUUUUGAGAUCUACGCCGACCCCCGGACUGUCGGGCACAGCGUGGUUUCCCCACAGGACACAGUGAGGCGGUGCCGUGAGAUUUUCUUCCCAGAGACUGCCCACGAGGCGUGA